AUGAAGUGUGAUAACAUCACUACAGCUGUUAGGGGGAUGUCACCAGAACAAAAACAAGCAAUCUUGAGUAUGGGUUUUGGGUCAAUUCUGCAAGUGAAUAUUACAAGUUGUCCGGGACAACUAAGCUACUAUCUUUUAGAUGUGUAUGAUGCCAAUAGUAAAAGAAUUGUCCUACAAAAUUCUGUUAUUGAGAUAACAGAACAGACAGUGCAUGAUAUGAUGGGGUUGCCAACUGGUGGAGAAGACAUCAAUGAGUUGCCAUUGUGUGAUAAGGGGAAUCAAAUUCUUGAUGAUGAAAAUGGAAUUGAAGAUUUCAAUUUUCCUGAUAAUGAUACACUCUAUAAUGGCGGAUUUCACAUAAGAGAAAGCAGUAAUCCUUAUUUAGAGGAUGCAAAUCAUGAAGAAGACGAAAAUCAGGUCGUUGAUGAAGAUACAGAGGAUAAUUGUGUAUUUGCUAUGUUGAAACGGGACAACCUCAUGUUACACAUGAUUACGUUUCUCCUGGUGGCACCCUUAACAAUGUACAGAAACUAUGCAUUAGAAUCUGGUUUUGAUGUCAGGCUUAGAAGAGUCAAAAAACGAAAACAGGAUUAUUACAAAUUGACAUCUUGUAUGCAAUCGGGAAGGAGGGAUUGUAAAGAGAAAUUUGUUAUAGAUAUAAUUCCCGGUACUCUUAAAUAUGUUGUGAGUGAUUUCGUUGAGCAACAUAAUCACGAGUUGUUUAGCAAGGGCAAUAUGUACUUAUCUCGUUCAAAGAGAAAACUUGAUUAUUCCCAGGAAAUUUUCAUCCAUAACUUGUCAAAACAAAACAUUGGUCCUAUAAAAGCGCAUAGACUGUAUAGUGCUCUUCACGUCGGUCCUUCGGAAAAAAAAUUCCCAUCAUUUACUUUUGAGUAUAAAGUGUUGAACAAGUUGAAUGCUCUAUUCUGGGCUGACGAAACAGCAAAGUAUAACUACAAUUCGUUCGGAGACGUUGUAUCACUCGAUGCCACAUUCAGCAUGAAUAAGUAUGAUAUGGUUUUUGUUCCAUUCACUGACAUUGAUAACCACAAAAAAUGUGUAACAUUUGGUGUUGGACUUUUAAGUAAAGAAGAUGGAGUUUCUUAUGAAUGGUUGCUUAGAGCUUUUUUGAAAGAUUUUAGAAAACAACCUCAAUUGGUUAUAUCUGACCAAGAUCCAGCUUUGGAAAAAGCUAUAGAUAACGUUUUCCCAUUGGCACAUCAUAGGUUAUGUAUGUGGCAUAUAACAAAGAAGUUGCCAAAUAAGUCAUGGAAUGACAAAGACAUAAUCAAAUUAUCAAUGAUUUUAAUACUGCCACCACUUUUCCUAAAUUCAUUACCCGUAGUCCAAAUGAACCUCAUGCUUCAAAGAGCAGAACAUCUCAAGAAGCUUCUAGGCAUGGUAGUUCCUGAUGUAGUAUCUAAUGUUAGUGACAUUCAGAAUCCUUCAGAUAUUCGUAAAAAAGGUUGCGGAAAUCGUGGGAAAAGAUUAAAAUCUACAAAAGAGAUGAUUAAGAAAGAAAGCUCGAAACCUAAGAGAAAGUGUGCAACAUGUGAACAGAUGGUUCAUCAUGACAAAAGAAAUUGUCCUUUAAAGAACGUCCAGAAAUAA